AUGCUCAUCAUUGGAGCAGUUGUAAACUUUAUUUCGGAUGUGAGCAUCUUGGUGCUGCCAAUAUGGAAGGUCUGGCAGCUGCAGCUCAGCACGGCGAAGAAAAUCGGUGUGACGAGCAUAUUCGCGACUGGGCUAUUCGCAUGCGUAGCCAGCAUUAUGCGGCUGGUAGCUACUACACGCUUCAUCGCUAACCAGAACGAUGUCACGCUGCUUGUCCCGGCCGCUCUGUGGGCUGAAGGGGAGAUCACUGGUGGUAUAAUCUGUGGUUGCCUGCCAUCAGUCCCCGCCAUUUUCCGUUCCUUUGUACCUAGAGUAAAGAGCUAUCUAGGCAGUCGACCUACGAAGAAGACUUUCUUGACAUCCGAGAGUAAAAAUGCUGUAGAUGAGAAUGAGUACCGGUACAAUCCCUAUGUUGAACUUGAGGAGAGAUCGACGAAUCAGUCUGUGAACGGAUUGGGUAACGGUGGCAGACACAAUCUAUGUCUGGCAUCUAAUGCCAACCCGGCGCAUGAUGGGGUUUAG